GAGUACUGGGGGAAUUUGUUAUCCCUUCUCCUGGUCUACCUCCGCCCUUCAAAGGCUCCCUGCCCCUUGCCACCCCUAACUCUCCUGUUUACAGGUUUAAAAGCUACCACUGGGUAUGUGGCCCAGUGUGUAACUGGUAUGACCCAAUGAGAUGAUCUGCAGGGUAAUGCGUGGUCCAGUGUGAUCCUGUGCACUGUGGGUGACAGAUGGGACAGUGAGUCACCCAGGUGACUGGAUUCUGUCAUGUGAUCGUGUGUGUGUUAUGUAGAUUUUCUGAUGUUACUCUCUGUGGCAAUGUGCUUCUGAGUGGUGGCUGCAUAAGGUAAUGUUUCUGAGCACUUACCUGUGGGCGGGCUUCUGAGUCCUUACUCCACCAUGGAACUUCCUUGAGCCUCAAUUUCCUCAUCUGUAAAAUGGGAAUAAUGAUAGUGCCCUCCUUAUAGGGUUGUCGGAGAGAUUAAAUACAUGUGCUAAGAACAGUAUCUUACUCAAAUACUAACUAUUAUUAUGGUGGAUGCGAUUAUCAUUAUUAUGAUGAUGUUCUGGCACUGUACGUUGUGUGGCUGUGUGUGACUCCAUGUAACAAUGUGUAUCACUCUGUGUGGCUCAUUGUCUCUUCGAGGUUAUGUGUGGCAGUGUGUGACUGAAUGUGGUGGUGUGGUGAGCGUGACUUUCUCUCUCUACACCUGUGUAUUGCUGUGGGUUCCAGGCCUAGUUGUCUCCAUUAUGCAUCAUGCUGGGUACAUGGACCAGACUCCUGACACUUCCCAUUCCCAGCCUCUUGUCAGCACCUGCAGCACCCUUCGCAUUCUUUCCACGGGCCCCUCACCACCGCCCUUCCACCGGAAAGUGGGGCUGGGCGAGGGACUCUCAUAGACUUUCUGGGUUGUGCAGCAGGCAGCCCAGAGGCCUCAGAAACAAUAGGACCUCAAACGAGGCUUGGACAUAGAGGUGCCUGCCCAGGUUUCCCAGUGGCCCAGAGGGCAGCGGUUAUCAAGGCCCCCUUGGGACAGAGGUCCGUGUUCCGGAAGUCAUGUCUGCAGCCAGCGGACUUAUCUCUGCCUCACCGCAGAUAGAGCCACAGACUGGCUCCAGGACAGGAUGAACAUGUCAUCUCCUCAUGGUAUUUUCCAGAAGCGGAGGAUGGGGCUCGCCUUCUACUUUCCAACCCCCUCCCCCAUUCCCAUCUGUGCUGUGGACAAUGGCUUGCCCUAAUGGGAGUGGGGUGUAGGCCAAGGGCCUACAGGAUGACGAGGACCUACAGGCUCUGCUGAAGGGCAGCCAGCUUCUGAAGGUGAAGUCCAACUCAUGGCGGAGAGAGCGCUUCUACAAGCUGCAGGAGGACUGCAAGACCAUCUGGCAGGAGUCUCGCAAGGUCAUGCGGACCCCAGAGUCCCAGCUAUUCUCCAUAGAGGACAUUCAGGAGGUACGGAUGGGACACCGCACCGAGGGCCUGGAGAAGUUUGCCCGUGACGUGCCCGAGGACCGCUGCUUCUCCAUUGUCUUUAAGGACCAGCGAAACACACUAGACCUCAUCGCCCCAUCGCCAGCAGAUGCCCAGCACUGGGUGCAGGGUCUGCGCAAGAUUAUCCACCACUCGGGCUCCAUGGACCAGCGACAGAAGCUGCAGCACUGGAUUCACUCCUGCUUGCGAAAAGCUGACAAAAACAAGGACAACAAGAUGAGCUUCAAGGAGCUGCAGAAUUUCCUGAAGGAGCUCAACAUCCGGGUGGACGACAGCUAUGCCCGGAAGAUCUUCAGGGAAUGUGACCACUCCCAGACAGACUCCCUGGAGGAUGAAGAGAUUGAGGCCUUCUACAAGAUGCUGACCCAGCGAGAGGAGAUCGAUCAAACCUUUGCCGAGGCCGCAGGCUCGGAGGAGACCCUGUCGGUGGAUCAGUUAGUGACAUUUCUGCAGCAUCAGCAACGGGAGGAGGCGGCGGGACCUGCACUGGCCCUCUCCCUCAUUGAGCGCUACGAGCCCAGCGAGACUGCCAAGGCGCAGCAGCAGAUGACCAAGGACGGCUUCCUCAUGUACCUGCUGUCUGCCGACGGCAGCGCCUUCAGCCUGGCGCACCGGCGGGUGUACCAGGAUAUGGGCCAGCCGCUCAGCCACUACCUGGUAUCUUCCUCACACAACACCUACCUGCUCGAAGACCAGCUCACCGGGCCCAGCAGCACCGAAGCCUACAUCCGGGCGCUGUGCAAAGGCUGCCGCUGCUUGGAGCUUGACUGCUGGGAUGGGCCCAACCAGGAGCCUGUCAUCUACCAUGGCUACACUUUCACCUCCAAGAUCCUCUUCUGCGACGUGCUCAGGGCUAUCCGGGACUACGCCUUCAAGGUGUCCCCCUACCCUGUCAUCCUGUCCCUGGAGAACCACUGCAGCCUGGAGCAGCAGCGCGUGAUGGCGCGACACCUGCAUGCUACCCUGGGCCCCAUGCUGUUGGACCGGCCACUGGAUGGGGUCACCACCAGCCUGCCUUCCCCCGAGCAACUGAAGGGGAAGAUCUUGCUGAAGGGGAAGAAGCUUGGGGGGCUCCUGCCCCCCGGAGGGGAAGGUGGCCCUGAGGCCACUGUCGUGUCAGAUGAAGACGAGGCUGCGGAGAUGGAAGAUGAGGCAGUGAGGAGCCGAGUGCAGCACGAGCCCAGGGAGGACAAGAUCAGGCUAGUGAAGGAGCUCUCCGAUAUGGUCAUUUACUGCAAGAGUGUCCACUUUCGGGGCUUCUCCAGCCCUGGCAGCCCAGGGCAGGCUUUCUAUGAGAUGGUGUCCUUCUCCGAGAACCGUGUCCUCCGACUACUCCAAGAGUCAGGAAACAGCCUUGUCCGCCACAACGUGAGUCACCUGAGCAGGAUCUACCCCGCUGGGUGGAGAACGGACUCUUCCAACUACAGCCCUGUGGAGAUGUGGAAUGGGGGCUGCCAGAUCGUGGCCCUGAACUUCCAGACCCCCGGGCCAGAGAUGGACGUGUAUCAGGGACGCUUCCAGGACAAUGGGGCCUGCGGGUACGUGCUGAAGCCCGCCUUCCUGCGAGACCCCAACUCCACCUUCAACUCACGCGCCCUGGCUCAGGGGCCCUGGUGGACUCGGAAGAGGCUCAAUGUCAGGAUCAUCUCAGGACAGCAGCUGCCCAAAGUUAACAAGAAUAAGAAUUCGAUUGUAGACCCCAAGGUGACCGUGGAAAUCCACGGUGUGGGCCGGGAUGUGGCCAGCCGCCAGACCGCAGUAGUCACUGAUAAUGGUUUCAACCCACGGUGGGACACGGAGUUUGAGUUCGAGGUGGUGGUGCCUGAGCUGGCCCUUGUGCGCUUCGUGGUCGAGGACUACGACGCCUCCUCCAAGAAUGACUUCAUUGGCCAAAGCACUAUCCCCCUGAACAGCCUCAAGCAGGGAUACCGCCACGUCCACCUCUUGUCCAAGAAUGGAGACCAGCAUCCAUCUGCCACCCUCUUUGUGAAGGUGUCCCUCCAGGACUAGGCUUGGGAGCGGACCAGGCCCUCUGUGCACAUCUGGGGACAGGGCAGGUGUGGCUGCUCCCAACCUCUCGCUCAGAGCUAGUGGCCCGCGCUGCCUUCAGGUCUAACAUACUGUCUGUGCUGCUGCGUCUCCGGGGCCCUAGGAGCUGGUCUGGUCCCUGGGUCUGUCCUCAAGUCUGUCAGGAACAACACUGCAGCCCCCUCUGCCCUCUGCCCAGCCCUAGGUUGAGGGUUUUUAUAAAAAUCAUAAGACCAA